AUGCAGGUCCCGGCGGCGGCGGAGCGGAACAAGGGCCCGAUCCUGGCGGUGCUGCGGGAGUGCGCGGGGCCGGGCGCGCUGCGGGUGCUGGAGGUGGCCGCGGGCUCGGGGCUCCACGCCGCGCACUUCGCGCGGGCGCUGCCGCAGCUGCGCUGGCAGCCCUCGGACAUCGACCCGCGGGCGCUGCGCAGCAUCGCUGCCUACGUGGAGGCCACGGGGCUGCCCAACCUGCUGCCCCCCAUCCUGCUGGACGUGUCCCAGGGCUGGGAGACCUGGGGGGGCACCCAGCCCGCCAGCCUGGACCUGCUGGUCAGCAUCAACAUGAUGCACAUCUCAGAGCUGCGCUGCACCGAGGGCCUGUUCAGGGGUGCCGGGGUGCUGCUGAAGCCUGGAGCUGCAGGAAGCUCCCUCCCAGCGUGGUCCUUCGAGAUAAGCCAGGCCGGAGGGCAGCCCCCAGCCGGGGGUUCUGCUCUGGGUGUCCCGGGUGUGACCCCCGGCUCCUCCUCCCGCAGAAAUCCCGCCUGGGGGCUGCGGGACACGGCAAUGCUGCGGGAGCUGGCCGAGGCCAACGGGCUGAGCCUGGAGAGGAUGGUGGACAUGCCGGCCAACAACAAGAGCCUGAUCUUCCGCAAGCUGUAACCAGCCCUGCCGGCACUACCAGCGCCUCCCGGCACUGCUGUCCCCACUGCUGCCUCCUGCAGGGUGUCAUUGUCCCGCCGUGGCUGCC